AUGGACGGGGCGGGCGCGGAGGGGCAGGACAAAGCGCAGGCGGCCCGAGGGCCGGAGUGCCAGGAAAAGGAGGAGGACACGUUGCUGUGCCCAGAGCACUUGGUGGUGGAUGCUGAUGCUGUCGGUGGCCAUGGCUCAGGGGGCAGUGUGCUCUCUGCAUUCCAAAGCACAGCUAAACAGGAAAAACCUAAGGAUACCUCAGGAACAGAAGGUAGGAUUUGCCCUGUAAAGAAAGUGAAAGAAGAUGGAAGAGACAGCACCCUGCAGUCAGCUGGGUCAGCUUCCCAAGUCCCUGUGGUGCUGGGCAGCCAGCUGGAUUCUGCCUCGGUGUGUGGGCAGCCAUCUGAUUCCUGCAGGGACAUGAAGUCCCCACUUGCUGUUGCUGGAUUGGCACGGGAGCCCACAGGUCAGUCAGGGUCCCGUGAACGCUGUGAGAGUCACCACCUCGAUGGGGCUGAAAAGGAGGCAAAGAAGAGAAAAAGCACCGAGGAAGCACCGAGCGGAAUCCCCGGAGCUCCCUGCGGGCAGGACGAGGGUGGCCCAGCUCCCUGCUGGUCACACCAAUGCCCUGCAGCCCAGCAGUUCUACAGGGCGCCCUCAGUCUUGGAAUCCAGAAGCAGCCACGAUGCAGUCAAGGAGGACAAAAAAGGGGAGAGGGAGAAAAAAGCCUUGCUUGAGAACCCACGCAUCCUACCCCCGGUCAGGAAGAAGUCCCGCACCUUCUACAAUGCAGAGCAGCUAGAAGAGUUGGAGAAGGUGUUCCAGGAAGACCACUAUCCCGACAACGAGAAGAGGAAGGAGAUUGCAGCUGUGGUUGGUGUGACACCACAGAGAAUCCUGGUCUGGUUUCAGAACCGCAGGGCAAAGUGGCGGAAAUCGGAGAAGCUGAACGCGAAAGGCAGCAGAAAACUUCCAAAAUCGCCACCUCUGUCAGAUGAUUAUGGGGCACCUCCUCCGCCUGUGCCUCCGUUGCCUGACGUUGCUCGUGACCAAUCUGCUGCGCUGGGAGGAAACACUGGAGCUGGGAACUGCUCCAGCCUGCUCAGAGCACAGCCUGCACCGCUCUCCUCUGCCUCAGCCUCCUCGGUGGCAGGGACGGUGGCACCUCGUGAAUCCGUCCAGACGAAGGCGUCGCCGCAGCUCAGCUUCAACCCCGGCAGGGUGGAAUGCUUCCCCAGCCUUCCCAGCCCUCCUCCCAUCCGCAGGGCCACCAACCUGCCCUUCAGCCCCCACAGCCCUGCUGUCCCCUCGGUGCUGGGCGCUGCCAGCAGCGAGUGCUGCCUGUCCGGUCAGGAAAGUGGCUCCAGGGAAACCUUCACCUACAGCAUCCAGAGCCAAGGCUGGAGUCCACCACCUUCCUGCCAUUACCCUGAGCAGCUGGAGACCACAGGGAACCUGGAGAGCAUGUACUGUCAGUACAGCAGCCAGGGGGGCAUUUACCCUCUGUCCCAGUAUUCCCAGCAGCACCAGUUCUCCCACUUCUGCCAGCUGCCUGAUCACCUGGCCACCAACGUGCUCUCCAGUGACCACCUCCCUCCUCCAACGCCCCUAGAGUCCCACCCAGCUUUCCUGGCCUUGCCUGGUAACACUGGAGCAGCAACCCACGGAACCACACAAGCCACCUACGGACAAAACCACAUGGGGGGACAGCUCGUGCCACAGCAGCCAAGUGGGCACUCAGACAUCACUGCCUAUCAGGCUGUCCCCUGGAGUGAUUUCUACGUGCAGGGAGCUCAGCUCUCAAACCAGCUGCACUCCCAAAUGACAUUUUCCAGCAUGGCAGGAGGACAGAGCUUCACAGAGCCCUGUCUGCUUCAAGUGCCCAAUGGAACGGCGCUGGGAUCCGUGUCACAGGCUGGAAAGCAGAAGGGAAUGGCUCCAGAGCAGAGUUCAAACCAGAGCCGCCAAACAGAGCCGGAGUUGGCAUCGCUGGCUGAAAGAGAGAGGGUGUAG